CGGGGGGGCGCAGCUCCGAGGUACCGGGGCCCGGGAGCCCGGCACACGCGGGGAUCGGUGCGGGACACCGGGAACGCGGCACCCACGGCACUGCCCUGGGCGGAACACGAGCCCCGGGAGCGGAGCGGAGCGGGGGAUCCGCCUCUCCCUCAUCGCGGCGGGGUCGGGCGCUGUGCGCGGCUGGGGCCUGUUCGGAUGGACAGAAUUUGGGGACAGCCAGGGGGACACGCCAGAGCCUGGCUCCGUGGCCUCUGUGCACCUCCAGGGACACAGCUCCGCUCCAUUCUGUGGGAAAAGCUGCUCUGCCGCUGCCACAGGGCCUCUGCUGGGCUCCGCUGUGUUCUCAGGAUUCCAUCUCUCCUCAUGUCCCUUUGCUUCUCAGGCUUUCACCUGCUAAAUGUCAUUUCUAGCCCCGGUGGAGUUUUGUCUGUUUGACCUAAUUUGUGGUUACUCCAGGGGUUGCAAAGGAUCGUCCGAAAUUUGUGGUAAUUCCAGGCACUGCAAAGCAACGUCCAAGGUGCCUCAUCAGAGGCAGCGUUCCAAAACAUUGAGGGUUUGGAUAAUUAAAAUUUUAAUUAAAUAGAAAAAAUAACAGUUUCCACCAUCCAUUUUCUAAGAAAUUUGUGAUGCUUCCUCUUGGAUUAUUCUGGAGAAAGUGCAGUGCCACCUUUUUAUCUUUUUAUUUUAAUUUGGAAUGCGUAUUGCAGUGUUUUCUUUCCCUGGCAGUGUUUGGAAGAGCAAUACAUGCCAUAGCACGGAUUAGUGAUGAAUUUUGGUUUGACCCCCUAGAAAAAGGUCUUGCCUUAAGAUCAGUGAAUUCCUCGAGGUCAGCAUAUGCCUGUGUGUUCUUCUCAUCCAUGUUUUUCCAGCAUUACUGCUGGACAGCUGGGACCCAGCCCUGUCAGAAGGAGAAGCAGCUUUCCCUCCCCUGUAAAUUGAUAAUUAAGUCAGUUCUCCCUGUGUUUAGAUGUGUCAAUGUGCUGGAGAGGAAUGUAGAGAAAUGCAGCAUCUGCAGCAGCCCCAGUGAGCAGCACAUCACCUUCCAGCUGCUCUGCAGGCACGGUGUUGUAAAAACCUACAACCUGACAUUUCAGGAGUGUGAUCCUUUGCAGGCUGUUUUUGCAAAGCACAUGUGUCCAAACAUUCUUAAAGUCCACUCCAGGCUGCUGGCUGAUGUGAUGAUCCACUUCCCAAGCAGUCAGGAAGAAAUAACCCUGUCAGUAACUCCAAUGAAAGUUUCUUUCAAGAGUUACACUGAGGAAGACACUGACUUUUCAAGGACAAUGCUUACUGAGAUACAGCUCAGUCCAGAGGAAUUUGACUACUUUCAAGUUGGAGUAGAUUCUGAAGUGACAUUUUGCCUUAAAGAACUGAGGGGGCUGCUGGUGUUCUCUGAAGCCACGAGCGUCCCUGUGUGCGUGCACUUCGACAGGAGCGGCAGACCCAUUGCUUUCAGCAUUGAGGACCUGCUGCUGGAGGCCAGCUUUAUCCUGGCUACCCUGUGUGAGGCUGAGAGGGAGGCAGCUUCCCCAGAGCCCUCCUGCUGCCCACGGCCCCGGGACAGCUCAAGGCCUGGCAUGGAUAAAUCUGACCAGAACUCCACGGAUGGAGCCAGCAAUGCAGUCACAGCCACUUCCAAAAAGCCACAGCAGAAGGGAAACACUCCGAGCAUGGACCCUGCAAAACCCCCGAGUGCUCUGGCAAAACAAGAGGUAAAAAACACUCCCAGAGGCAGCGAGAGGGAUGAGCCAGGCAGAGCAGCAGCAGGAGAGGCCACAGAGGCUCCUCAGGCCCAGUUCCACUCCUUGUUCUUCGGAGCUGUCUCUCACAAGGACAAGGCCAUUGGUGACACCUUCCAGAGCCUGGUGACAGCCAGUGACACUGAGGAGGAGCUGGGUGCCUUGCAGAGCUCCCCAGUUCUGUAGUGCAGGGCCUGGGGUGCAAGGACAGACAGUGGGGAGCAGCCAGGAGGGAAGGGCAGGGCAGGCCCAGCCUUUGUCACUGGUGCUGUGACCCAGCAGCACAGAAUGUUCUGGAACUCUCAGUGCUCUUGUAAAUUUAGGUCACGAUUGACUCCGUUGAGGUUUGUGAGUUCUGCAGGAGCUGCAGGGGCUCUGCCCUCAGAGCACUCUCACUGGGGAGAGGCUCAGUUUGAAUCCAAGCUCUGUUACCACAUCAGGCACGUGAAGCUGCUGUUCUGGUUAAGGGAGAACUCAGGUUUUUACAGGUUCUCUAGAACCAGCCUUUAACUGCAAAACCAAAGUUGUCACAGGACUGUGUUUAAAAAAUAAAGGUUUGUGU